AUUGAGCAGGAGCUUCGGGCGGCCCAAGCUCCGCUCAUCCCAAGCUUCAUCAACGCUGACCUCGUCCACUGACCAACGAGCCCAUCCAGCAACGCCGGCUGUCCAAGCCACCAGCGAUGGGCACCACCAAGCCGCCAUGAUGAAUCGAGUCACGGUCUCGGGGCUGCGGCUCCGUCCCGCCGCCAGCACCGUCGUCGCCCGCUGCCCCUCCUCCACCGCUGCCCACUCCGCCUCCCCCCUCGCUUGCCACGACCGCAACGACAACCACAGCCGCAAUGGCCGCCGCCAUUACGCGACGCAGCACCAACCACCCUCCUCCGCCUUCGCCUCUGAUUCCCGCCGCCGCGCCGUUACACCCUUCAACGACGACGGCCGCGUCCCCUGGACUGAGCUCUCCGUCGGCGAGAAGACGGCGCGGGCCGCGCAGCAGACCUUCAACUUUGGCUUGGUGAUUCUGGGCGUGGCCCUGACGGGCGGCGUCGGCUACGUGCUCUACUCAGACGUGUUCUCGUCCGACAGCAAGACAACCCACUUCAACCGGGCGGUGGACCGGAUCCGGGCCGACGCGCGGUGCGUGGAGCUGCUGGGCGACGGCAAGAAGAUCGAGGCCUUCGGCGAGGAGACGUGGAACAAGUGGCGGCGCGCGAGGCCGAUUGCGUCGACGGUGACCAAGGACGCGCAGGGGAAUGAGCAUAUGAUGAUACAGUUUAAUGUCCAAGGGCCGAAAGGCCGCGGACGGGUCGGCAUCCAUCUGAUCAAGCGCCCCGGGCAGCACGAGUACGAGUACGACUACUUCUUCGUGGACGUGGGCCAGCAAAGGAUAUAUCUCGAGAAUGCUGCUGCUUCCCGGGUGAAGCAGGGCGAGAAAAAGGAGUUCAGGUUGUUCGGUGUCAAAUGGAGCUGAUGAGAUGAUCCCGUCCGACCCGCGGGAGCCGGCCUGCCCUGGCCUUGUCCUGCCCCUGGAAGCGGCUCUACUGCGCAGCCGGUGCUUUCUGCCGUACAAGAUGAUGUACAGUAUGUAUAUUAUGCGCUC